AUGGCCGACGACCGUGAUGUCGAUUCAGCAUACGCGGAAAGCGUCGGAGACUACUCGGAGUCGACGUCGAUAGCCUCCAGCAUCUUUGACUAUCAAUACGAGAACGGUCGCCGUUAUCACUCUUACAAAGCCGGCCAAUAUUUUGCCCCAAACGAUGAGCAAGAGCAGGAAAGACUUGACCUGUUGCACCACGUACAGUCUAUGGUUCUGGGCGGAGAGUUGUACAAAUCACCCAUCCAAGAACCUCAACGAGUGCUGGAUAUUGGCACCGGUACCGGAAUAUGGGCAAUGCAGAUAGCCGACAUGUUUCCGAUGGCGGACGUCGUCGCAACUGACCUCUCUCCCAUUCAGCCAACCUGGGUCCCGCCCAACAUACAAUUCAUGAUUGAUGACUGUGAGGCAGACUGGACUUUUGUGCGCACUUUUGAUUAUAUUCGUCUCGGGCACAUGGGCGGUAGUAUAGCCGACUGGGUGAAGCUUUUCCGACAGUGCAUGGACAACCUUAAACCCGGGGGAUGGGUAGAGGUGAUCGACUUUGAAGCCUGGGGCAGCACAGACGACGACAGCCUGCCUGAAGAUUCUUCCUGGCACACAUGGCAGACAGAACUCAGCACCGCGGCCGAGAAGUUCGGGCGAAUAAUGAACAUCAGCCCACAAAUCAAGGGAAUGAUCGACGAAGCAGGUUUUCAAGAAGUUCAGCACGUGGUCUACAAGGUCCCGCUCUCAACCUGGCCCAAGGAAAAGCAUCUGAAAGAUCUCGGCGGGUAUAUGAGUCUGAUCAUGACGGAAGCGAUGCAAGCUUACAGCCUCGCCCUAUUUACUCGCGUCUUAGGCUGGGAUCCCGCCGAGGUGGAGGUUCUUCUGGCUGGGGCGAGAAAGAAUCUACAGAACCCAAACUACCACUUGUAUACGCGUCUGCAUAUUGUUUACGGGAGAAAGCCGCCGGAGCGGGAGGGUCUGUAA